GGGUGCAAUCAACAAGGACAGCGUCGACUGUUGUCCUGGCAGCCGCAAGCGGUGUUACUGAAACUGAUGCGAAGGUGCUUACUUCUGUGCCGUCGGAAUCACAACCAUCGAAGGCAGCGACGCUGAAGUCUAGUUUGCCGGCAACGCUUAAUAUUACUGAAGCCACCGAAAGCAUCCAUACAAGCAGCACGGAUACGCCACUUCAGGUAAUUGACGCCAGAGCAGCUUGCGGAUCGCAGAUAAGGCAGAUUCAGAGCCUGCCUACGAACACUAGCACCAGCUCCUCCAGAAAUGUCAGCGGCAUAGAGACAAGCUGGCAAGAACAAGUCAAUCAUAUUGUUUUGCCAACCCCGACGGAUUCAAAAACACACAGAGCCACCAUAAUUCCAUCACUAACCACCAAAGGACUGCCACCUCCACAAGCUUCUCCGGAGGCUGCUCUGCAGCUUAUCGAUCUAGAGCAAAUGUCGCCGACGCAGCAGGCGCAGCAGCGAACGGUAGCGCCAACUCUAGACAAUAAUGAUGGACAUGAUGGAUUGAAGCGCACUAAGAAGAAGCAGCUUCGCCAGCAGCACUUUGAACCUCUUGCCUUAGUUGCCCCAACAGUAGCAAUCACAGCAUCGACUACAAGUAGCAGCACAGAGAGCUCGACAAGGGUGGCAACCACAAUAAUUGAAACAGAAAUAGAACGCAUACCAACUACACCAAACCCAGCAGAAAAAGUUAGCACAACAACAACUGGCAAUAUAAAUAAACCUUAUAUUUUAAGUAGCCUGCUGCCUGUACAUAACGGCUAUCUUGGACCGAUACUCAUGGGCGAGAAAACAUUCAGCAGGGUGGUGCAUCCCCUAAAAAAACCGCAUGCACCACUCAUUGAAACGCAGCUGCGUAAGGGACGCAUCAUAGAGAUAAUAGCGCCUAAAGAGGUUGUUGAAAAGAGAUCAAAUGUUACGCCAACAGCAAUGCCUACGCAACCCCCUGCUAUGAAAUCAAUCAUGGAGAGGGUACAACCUUCUACUGCGACCGAUAGUAAUAGCACCAACGCUGCCAUGCUGAGCACAACAGUUUUCCAGGUGUUCGGGCUACCAUCGAGCACCACACAUUUGCCGACAACGUCCAAGGGGAAGCAGUUGAAUGGUCCACGCAUCGAAUCAAAAAUAUCAGACAUUCAGAUUGAAGUCUAUGAUUCAACAGUAGACUCUAUUGUGGCCUCCACCAAUUUCCGUGAUACCGAGGGUUCUUAUGCGCUGCCACAAGAGUCUGCAGUGGGCACUAAUAGACCGCCCACAUCGGCCAUACAGCAGGAGCGAUUCACGCAAUAUGUUAUUGAUAGGGCCGAUGUAUCCACGCAGCAGUCCAGUGGCGUACAGAACGCAGGGGGACCUGCGUUUGGAAGGCCCGAACCUGCAGCCAUCGAAAUACAUAUUAAUGUAUCCGAGGCUUUUGGGAACGAGAGUGAAGACUUAGAGUUUUCCUAUCGUCAGCUGCCCGAGACUCUAAAUGAACGGGAGCACAGUGUUAGCUUGCCAACUAGAUCCGGCGGAAUGAGUCGCGAGCGUAGCGAUGAAAUCCUGGUGGUCGAAAUAAUUGACACCGGUGACAACAUUACCGAAAGCUCGGUUAGUGCCGAACACAUCAAUAUCAAUCCGAUCUUAACAUUUCAUUCAGAUCCGGCUGCCGAUGCGAAGCAUGUUCCCCCACCAGCUUUGCAGUCCAUUUUACGUUCACCGCAGGAUGCAGAUGAGCUAUUCAUGGCAGACUUAAAAUCGGGAGUGGAGGACGGUCUACUACGGCCACCGCCACCACCACCACCACCGCCUCCACGCAAGGCCAGCAUUGAUCGCGACUCAGAUACAAUUUUCUAUAUAUCCAACACUGAGGUGAAAGUGGGGGAGUCAUUACCCACGACCAGUCCAUUCGAAGCCGCAGCUGCCGCAGGCAGCGAACAACAGCAAGUGCGCAAGUUCCAGUUCGAGAACCAGUUCUUCCCCAUCAACUAUGCAGAUCAACAACGCACAUCGCUGACACCGCCGCCGGCGUCAGCAAUUCAUCAGCAGCGCUUCGAAGAGGAUAUCAUAUUGUCGCCAUUGCACAAUACUGGUGAUUCUCUGAAGAUCUUUCGUACCACCUCUACAGGUGGGGAUGGUUCACCACCGUUAGAUGUCACUUAUGUAGGAGAGUCUGUCAUUGAAGUGGAGCAGUCACAGUCAGGAACGGGGUCGCCGGGGGCUGGACUAACCACCGCAUUGUCACCUACACUAGUGCCCACACAUCCCCUACCGGACAUUGUCAUACAACCGGCGGUUCUUCCAGAUUUGGCCAUUGGUGUUCCCGUUAUUGGAGAGCUGCCGCCACAGAUUGAGCUAAAGGAAAUAGACUACAUGCCUGGCGAGUUAGGCGUCCAAGGAAGCAUUGGGAUAUAUGAGAACGACAUUGAAGGCAAUAGUAUAGUUGGCAGCGACCCUGAUGUUAUGGAUGGCAAUCGUGAGUCUGAGAGCUCUAUACAAUAUGGCGGCGAUUUGAUUGAUGAUGGUGCCGGUGGUGGCUUUGACGGCGUCGAAGGCUCGUACCCCUUUGAGAAUCCGGCUCAUCGAAUGGAUCAACCGCUCGACCGCAGGCUCAGCCACCUGAGGCGAGAAGAGCUACCUGGGGUAGAGAUACUGAAUGCAACUCUCUUGCAACAUUUUGGAAACGGGACUAGCUCAGUCUCAGGCACCGCCAUAGCGCCACUGACGUUCAAUGUCAGUCAGCUUCCAGAGAGUAUCAGUAACGCUACAGCCUUGUCUGAGGACCCACUGGUGGACUUUGACGGCUAUUUGAAUAUUUUUGCUGUAUCCAUAGGCCUGGUUAUUGUCAUUCUGCCUACAGCGUUGCUCGUCUCCAUGUACUGCGCUAUACGCUACUUGCUCAAUAGGAAAGCGUCACAGAGCGUCGAUGGCGAUUACGAACGCCAUGGCAAUGAGAACGGGAAUGGAAACCACAAUGGCAACGUCAGCUUCAACGCCAACGAAAGCGAGCACGGAGGAGAGGCAGGAGGCGAGAGACGGUGCUUGAAUGCUGCUGAGGACAUUUCACGCAACGCUCGCGAGACCAAAAUGCAUACCGACAAGGAUGGCGUCUUUAUUGUGGAGGUGGCACGCGGCAUUGAUGCCAAGCAGCUACCUGACAGCCCCGGCGUCGAGACUACCGAGCUCCCCUUCGAUACUAAACAAGCAAAUGGCGUUCACGCCGUUGACUUGCAGACAUUACCACCCAGUUGCGAGCAAGUGCAAAUACAUGCGCCACCCAUUGGCAUUGACUACGGAAAUGGCGCCAAUAUUGAGGAGCUACAGCAACAACAUCAGCGUGGUGGUCUACAACUUAUCGAAGAGCUACAGGAAGAAGAGACGUGCUUGGCACCAGUGCAUCAGAUAGUACAGAACGAUUUACAGGAUGGCCAACGGGAUGAGGAUGAGUCUAAUGAGCUGCCACUUAACUUAAAUACAGGUCUCUCCCAAUCGGAUCUCAGUAGCACAUCCUCCAGUGACUCUAAUAAACGCUACUCCUAUGGCAAUCAGGAGCUCUACAUCAUCGAACAGCAGGGAUAUGCAACCAGCUCCCCCACAGCACACCCUCUGCUUAUUUCAAGCCGAGUGGCAGCUGAGCCCGAUGACAACGACCGCAAGUCCGAGAAUGGAAACAAUCUAGAGCAUGUAGCAAAGCCUCUAGAUGAAGACGACAAGCCUAAUCAAGCUACUAUACAAAAUGUCAAGCCAAAUGUCGCAGAUAUAACAGAGGCUAGGUUGCAGGAAACUCCGCUGCUGGUGCCCAAAGUGAUUGGCAACCACAAUGCUGAGACUGAUAAUAAAGAUGCACACAACUCAACUAACCAACUAACCGAACAGGAGCAGCAGCCAUCAGAGUUUCAUAACUUGACAGAAGAGAAGCCAGAGAAAUUAGCGGAGCCAACGCUGAAGCAGGAACAGGAACAGAAGCAGGAGAUUGCCUACGAUAGCCUGAUGAGUCUCCCGGCACCGCCAUCGACUGAGGAAAUCAAAGAGCUGAACGAUUUCACGUUCAUCGAGUCAAAUCAAAUGGACUCAUUGCCACCGCCACCACCACCGCCACCACUUCAAGCCGAUGUCGAUGCCAAUGGCAAUGGCCACGGUCAACCUGAGUCUGAGCAGGAGCAGGAGCAGGAGCUGAAAGCCGGGCAUGAACAGCAGAUAAGUAUUGGUCUAACCAAUGCCAACGGCAACGGCAAUAUUGCCAACUCGAAGUUGCCAGUCAGUUGCUUUGUUGCUCCAACACACCCACCACAGCAGCAGCCACGAGUAUUAAUGGAGGCCAUCGGUACCGGUAAGGAGCUGCCGGUCACUCUUACACCACCAGCGUCAGCGCCUGCCUCUCCGGAAAACAACUCGGCGCUCCCGCCUCCAUCGCCCCCAUCGCUCUACGGCGCAGCGCUCACCAAUGGCAUCCAUGCACCGCUGCCUGCCGUGGCUCUCGCCAUGGGAGUCAACGUCAGUGGCAGUUAAUUACACUUCAUUUGCGAAGGAAGGUAAGCAGCUAUUUUACAGCCACAAUGGUAGAGGACACACUUUUUAGGUGCAGUUUUAAGUGAUUCUGAUUGUUUUUUUUUGCAGAUCUUUGACUCUUAUAGGCGUAGUAGAUCUAUUAGAGCAGGAAGGGCGGGGAAUAGGGAAUGACGUAGAUGAUUUCAAAAAUGUCUAGCUAUCAGCAAGCAAUAAAAAAAGGAAAAGGAAAAUUUUAAAUGUUGAUGGCCAGACAACUUGCACAAAGAAAUCAAAAUAAAGUGAAGUGAACAAAAUGUGCAAGCAAAUCAACACAAUGAACGAAUUGAUAAAACAACAAAACAAUUUUCCACUUAACUGUUGUUGGUUUUUCAAUAAUAAUACAAAUAACAUUAAUUAAAAGCGUUUAUCAAUAUGAAUAAAUGAUAAUUAAUUGUUUCUCUACACGCGGCCAAAAAAUUGUUUGUAGCGCUUUCGUCUGCGUCGCAUACACACACACACACACACGCACUCACACGCACGCACACACACGCACGCACAACCACAAUAAUACAGCAGAAAGGAAAUGCCGUGAGCAGCGAUAUUUAUGAGCAGAUUAAUGAUCCUUAAAUAUCCGGUCGAUUAUCUUUCCGAACGUGGUAUAAAAUUAUAAAACAAUACUGGAAAGCGGAUUAAACAGACAUUUAAAUACCGGGCUCUAGCAAAAAUAACGUAAGCGGGAACAAAAUAUAUUUUACAGGGGAUAGUUUUUUUUUAUGUUAGCUUCUUCUGGGAAACUUUAAAUAUAUACGAGUAUCUCUGUCGCUAUUAACCGUUUCAAAAUAUUU